CGAGACACACGCCGCCCUCCUCCUUCCAGUUCACUCCACUCCGCUACUUUUUCCAACCGUCGCCCCACGCGAACCCCGACGCCGCGCCCCCCUUCCCCAGCCUCCGCAUCCGAUUCCCAUGGCGUGCUUGGCGGCGGGCGCCGAGGCGGCCCCUCUCCUCUUCCGGCGGCGGCUAGCGCCGUCCCCAGUCGCCGCGCGCCGCCGCCUUCUCGUGUCGUGCCGAGCUCGCCGCCGCGGUCUCAGGACUGCUGCAGAACUUCCUCGGAAGAGUACAAGUAAUGAUAAACACCAUAAUAGGGUGAAUAUGCAGAGAGAUGAAGCAUCUGUUUCCAGUGAUAAAGAACGGCAAGAGAAAUAUGGAGAUGAAAAUGGUAUAUCAAACCUUCAAUUGGAAGAUUUGAUACAAAUGAUACAAAACACUGAGAAGAAUAUAAUGCUUCUGAAUCAAGCUCGUCUUCAAGCAUUGGAACAUGUUGAAACAGUUCUUAAAGAAAAAGAAGACUUACAGAGGAAGUUGAAAAUUUUGGAGACGAGAUUGUCAGAAACAGAUGCACGGCUUAAGCUUUCAGCUGAAGGGCAGUUCGGUACUGAGAUUAAUGACUCUCUACCAGUACUGGAAUUAGAUGAUAUAAAGGAAGAGAAUAUGCUACUGAAGGAUGACAUACAAUUUCUGAAAACAAUGCUUAUUGAGGUUGCUGAGACAGAGAACAGUAUAUUCACAUUAGAGAAGGAGCGUGCUCUUUUAGAUGCUUCGCUUAGGGAGCUGGAGUCUAGAUUUAUAGAUGCCCAAGCAGAUAUGUUGAAGUCUGAUCCUAGGCAGUAUGAUGCAUGGUGGGAGAAAGUAGAAAAUUUGGGGGACUUGCUUGAGACUGCAACAAACAAAGUAGAGAAUGCUGCUAUGGUUCUGGGACGCAAUCAUGAUUUGGAAGAUAAGGUCGACAAACUAGAGGCAUCGUUGGCUGAAGCAAAUAUAUCAAAGUUCUCUUGUUAUUUUGUUGAUCUUUUGCAGGAAAAGAUAAAAUCAGUAGAAGAGCGCUUCCAAGUAUGUAAUCAUGAAAUGCAUUCUCAAAUUGAACUCUAUGAGAAUUCAAUAGCGGAAUUUCACGAUAUUCUUAGCAAGCUAGUGGAGGAAACUGAGAAACGAUCACUAGAGCAUUCAGCAAGUAGCAUGCCUUCAGAAUUGUGGAGUAGGAUAUCUCUUCUGAUUGAUGGUUGGUUGCUCGAGAAGAGAAUAUCCUACAAUGAUGCAAAUACAUUACGGGAAAUGGUCAGGAAAAGGGAUAGUUGUCUUCGGGAAGCAUACUUGUCAUGCAGAGGUAUGAAAGAUAGGGAAAUUGUGGACAAUUUUCUAAAGAUCACAUUGCCAGGGACUAGUUCUGGCUUGCACAUCAUCCACAUAGCAGCAGAGAUGGCUCCUGUUGCAAAGGUUGGUGGUUUGGCGGAUGUGAUAUCUGGUCUUGGCAAGGCACUUCAGAAAAAGGGCCACCUAGUAGAGAUUAUUCUUCCAAAAUAUGACUGCAUGCAGAAUGACCAAGUUAAUAACCUUAAGGUUUUAGAUGUUGUUGUACAAUCCUACUUUGAAGGAAAUUUGUUCAACAACAAAAUAUGGACUGGGACUGUUGAAGGCCUUCCAGUCUAUUUUAUCGAGCCACAACAUCCAGCAAAAUUCUUUUGGAGGGCACAAUACUAUGGAGAACACGAUGACUUUAAACGUUUUGCAUACUUCAGCCGUGCAGCACUGGAAUUACUUUACCAAUCGCAGAAGAAAAUUGACAUCAUCCAUUGCCAUGACUGGCAGACUGCAUUUGUGGCACCUCUUUAUUGGGAAGCAUAUGCAAAUCUGGGCUUCAACUCAGCUAGAAUUUGCUUCACCUGCCAUAAUUUUGAAUAUCAAGGAGCUGCUCCUGCUCAAGAUUUAGCAUGCUGUGGCCUUGAUGUUCAGCAACUUGAUAGGGAAGACAGGAUGCGGGACAAUUCACAUGGCAGAAUAAAUGUUGUCAAGGGUGCAAUUGUGUAUUCCAACAUUGUGACAACUGUAUCACCAACAUAUGCACUAGAGGUGCGAUCAGAGGGUGGACGUGGACUACAAGAUUCACUCAAAUUACAUUCCAGGAAAUUUGUUGGGAUACUUAAUGGAAUCGACACAGACACAUGGAAUCCUUCAACAGAUAGACAUCUCAAGGUUCAAUAUAAUGCUAAUGAUCUCCAGGGUAAGGCAGCAAACAAAGCAGCUCUCAGAAAGCAGCUAAACUUAUCUUCUACAAAUGCUUCUCAACCACUGGUUGGGUGUAUUACAAGGCUAGUUCCUCAAAAGGGUGUACAUCUCAUCAGGCAUGCAAUAUACAAAACAGCUGAGCUAGGAGGACAGUUUGUUCUUCUGGGCUCAAGUCCAGUACCACACAUUCAAAGAGAGUUUGAGGGUAUUGCAGACCAUUUUCAGAACAAUAACAAUAUCCGACUGCUUUUGAAGUAUGAUGAUUCUUUAUCCCAUUGGAUUUAUGCAGCAUCUGACAUGUUCAUUGUUCCAUCCAUGUUUGAGCCAUGUGGCCUCACACAGAUGAUUGCCAUGAGAUAUGGUUCUGUGCCGAUUGUUCGGAAAACCGGUGGAUUGAAUGACAGUGUCUUCGAUUUCGACGACGAAACGAUACCUAAGGAGCUGCGGAAUGGCUUUACGUUUGUGCAUCCUGAUGAAAAGGCUCUAAGUGGUGCAAUGGAGAGAGCGUUCAACUACUACAAUAGAAAGCCUGAGGUCUGGAAACAGCUGGUGCAGAAGGACAUGAGGAUAGAUUUCAGCUGGGCCUCUUCAGCUUCCCAGUACGAAGAUAUCUAUCAAAGAGCAGUGGCUCGAGCGAGGGCAGCAGCAUGAACUCUGGCGGUUUAGUGAGACCUGAGCCUUUCUCUGACGCGGCGCUUGAUGCCACAGGCACAGAUUCUGCCUUCUGAAGAAGCCGCACCAUGCACCUCUCUGAUGUGCGAACAUGGCUUCAUCUGCAGCUUCGAUUCUUGGAAUGGAACCCAAGAUAUUUAAAGACAUGAUCCGUCAGACUCAUGCAGGAAGCCGAGAUGUUCCAUAGUGCAGUUAUGGAAUGGUCGAAGAACUAAAAUCUUGGCACCCAUUGUCGUGUCCCAGUGACAGUGUGGACUAUACAGUUAUAUAACUUAUAGUACGUGAUUGCUCAGUCGUGAAAUUUCACUAGCCUCGAUAUAUUUAUCAUGCGCUACGGUGAAAUGAUAAGUUUUGUUCUUUGUAUCACUUGCAGUGUGCUUUGUUAUUUGUGCAAAGUCGUGUGUGUUGUCUAUAGAAUAUUCUUUCGUCAAAAGCAAAGAGAUGAGAGACAGACCCUGUUUUUUUUCCUGUUUGAACUCUGAAAUGUAGAAAAAAAUUUCAUAGGCUCUUUGAAAUUUUUUUAGAGAACACUACAAUUCAUGUAGAAAAUUUCAUGUUUUUCUUCUCUGAUGUACUCCCACCGUUAAGGAAAGGGGAUAUUUCCAUUCGGUCA